UCAAACGCGUCGCUGGAAGCGCUCUCUGCGGCGAACGGCGCGGCGUGGCGGGCGGCGGCGGCGGGCGGCGGGUGGUGUGGUUCGCAUCCGUCCGUGUUCCCCCGAGCGACCGCCGAGCUGCAGCUCUGGUCGCUCCCGCUGCUGACGCAGCUCGAGGAGCCGCUGCGCGCCGCCGCCUCCUCGGCAGACCUCGACCGGCCCGCGCCUCCGCGGUCGGGAGGGAUGUCGCGAGACGCCGCCGCGCGGACCGCCGAGCAGGAGGCGGCGCUGCUUGGGGCCGCCGCCGCCGCGCACAUCACCGACUCAGUUCGGGCCAGCGGCGCAGACGUCGCAUACGUGCAGCUUGCGGAUCGCUUGCCCACGUUCGGCUGGUCGGACCCGCCCGCCGACUACGGCGAGGCGAUGCUCGUGAGGGAGGUGCGCGACGGCGUGGCGGCCGAGGCUGUGUUGCGGCAGUGGAGAGAAACGAAGCCGCCGGCCGCCGCGUCGCCGCUGCAGUGCUCACGGCAGCACUGCAGAGAGUGGGGCUUCCCUGCCGCCGAUGGGGCGGCGGAGUGCUGCGAGGUGGCCGCCCCGAGCAGGAGAAGCGGCAAGGGCAGGAGGUUGCUGAGCGCGAGCGAUCGGCGAGAGUCGACUUGAGCCAUUCGGCACACUUGCUGCACGCAAGGCAGCGGGCCAGCGCCGCGCGUGCCACGAGCGGCCAGCGCCCCGGCAGCGCGGCGGCCGGCGCGCCCCGGGCCGAGCGUUUUUGAUCUCUCGGUAAGUGGGGGGCCGAGCCGCCUCGGGGUGGCGGGCGGGCGGGCGUGUUGAAAAACAGAAAACAGAGAAC